CCUCACCAAUAUCCAAAAGCAUGAGUUCUUUCAUCCCUAUAAACCCCCGGCCGAUGCUUCAAUCGCUGGUAAACCAGAGCGUCACCGUUCGUCUAAAGUGGGGGCAGACUGAAUAUAAGGGAACGCUAGUUAGCGCUGAUUCGUAUAUGAAUAUCCAACUUUCCGGCACAGAAGAGUUUGUGGAUGGCAAGAGCACGGGCAGCUUGGGGCAAGUUCUCAUCAGAUGCAACAACGUCCUGUGGAUAUCUGGCAAUGGAGGUUCAGGGGGUACAGAUGUCAAGAUGGACGGUUAGAAAAAGUGGUAUCGAGGGAUCUCAUAACAAAAAUAAUACAGGCGUUCGAAACGCGCUGAGGCGAGAACAGUUAUUGCACCGCCUAUAACGAAUCCUAGUUGGUGGGGAUCUAUGUUUUAGGGGUUUAAUACCACGAUAACCAUUGAUAUUUUCUUGUCC